CCGGGCCACCCGCGCUCCCGGCGCGCCGCUCUGGCGUCACUUCUGUCGCGCCCGCGGCGGCCGGGGGACACCGGGCCCGGGACCCCCGCGUCGCCGUCAUGGCGGACGACGGCGGUGAGGAGAAGAAGCAGGUGGCCAAGUUCGAGCUGGAGCGGGAGACGGAGCUGCGGUUCGAGGUGGAGGCGGGGCAGACGGUGCAGCUGGAGCUGCUGACCGGCAUGGCCGAAGUGUUCGGCACCGAGCUCACCCGCAACAAGAAGUUCACGUUCGACGCGGGCGCCAAAGUGGCCGUGUUCACGUGGCACGGCUGCACCGUGCAGCUCAGCGGCCGCACCGAGGUGGCCUACGUGUCGCGGGACACGCCGAUGCUGCUGUACCUGAACACGCACACGGCGCUGGAGCAGAUGCGGCGCCAGGCCGAGCGGGAGGACGAGCGCGGCCCCCGCGUCAUGGUGGUGGGGCCCACCGACGUGGGCAAGACCACCGUGUGCCGCCUGCUGCUCAACUACGCCGUGCGCCUGGGCCGCCGGCCCACCUUCGUGGAGCUGGACGUGGGGCAGGGCUCGGUGUCCAUCCCCGGCACCAUGGGCGCGCUGUACAUCGAGCGCCCGGCCGACGUGGAGGAGGGCUUCUCCCUGCAGGCCCCCCUCGUCUACCACUUCGGCUCCACCACGCCCGGCACCAACAUCAAGCUCUACAACAAGAUCACGUCGUGCCUGGCCGACGUCUUCAAUCAGCGCUGCGAGGUGAACCGGCGGGCGUCGGUGAGCGGCUGCGUCAUCAACACCUGUGGCUGGGUCAAGAGCUCGGGCUACCAGGCGCUGGUGCACGCCGCCUCCGCCUUCGAGGUGGACGUGGUGGUGGUGCUGGACCAGGAGCGCCUCUACAACGAGCUCAAGCGGGACCUGCCCCACUUUGUGCGCACCGUGCUGCUGCCCAAGUCCGGCGGCGUGGUGGAGCGCUCCAAGGACUUCCGCCGGGAGUGCCGGGACGAGCGCAUCCGCGAGUACUUCUACGGCUUCCGCGGCUGCUUCUACCCCCACGCCUUCGACGUCAAGUUCUCCGACGUCAAGAUCUACAAGGUGGGCGCGCCCACCAUCCCGGACUCGUGCCUGCCGCUGGGAAUGUCUCAGGAGGACAACCAGCUGAAGCUGGUUCCGGUGACGCCGGGGCGGGACAUGGUGCACCACCUGCUGAGCGUCAGCACCGCCGACAGCCCCGACGACAACAUCUCCGAGACCAGCGUGGCCGGCUUCAUCGUGGUCACGGGCGUGGACCUGGAGCGCCAGGUCUUCACCGUGCUGUCCCCGGCCCCACGCCCCCUCCCCAAGAACUUCCUGCUCAUCAUGGACAUUCGCUUCAUGGACCUCAAGUAGAGGAGGGGCGGGAUGUGCCUUCCUCCUCCCUGUGCCCCCUCCUUGUCCCCCCAGCGCGGUGUGACCCUGGUGCAGCACCCGCCCUUCGGUUUUAUAUUUUUUGUACGAUUUGCUAUUAAAUCUGGA